AAAUCAAUUGCGCUUCAUAUACCUGUCGCCCACUCGCCGGCCCUGCGGCUGCUUUUUUGCCGGCUGAUUUUUUCGAAAUACGCAGCUUUUUUUUUUUUGCGUUUCUCGACUUUUUUCUGUUCUAUACCCCAUAUUGCGCAAAUCCAGGAUCCUUCCCGGCUUGCGCCGCGGUGGUCAGCAUCGAUCGAAUUCCAGCUUCACUGGUCGGGACUCGCUAGAGGUAUCACCCCAAGAUAGAAGGCACUGUGCAGAUUGCCAUAGCAUGUUGCUUCAAGCUGUCGCGGUCGCAUUGACUGCGGCCGGCCUAGCCCUAUGUCUGGACCUGGAAGCCGUCCAGAGGACCACUCACUUCCCGCAGCACAAACGUUCGGGCGGCGAUGACGUCGGCCAGCGGGAACGGAUCUUCUCCGAACUGUUGUCGCGACGUAUGGCUAAGCUCUUGCCCGUGCUGCUCCGCGAGCAAGAAGAAGGGAAGCACUGGGUCGAAAACGAAGAUCCCACUACGGGACUGCGCCGUAAUCUCUUGUUGCCUCACUCGCAAAGGCUGACUUCCCGUUUUGCUCCAGUGCACGGAGCCCUGAAAAGAAUGGCCAAGAAGAAGUUACUAGGCGGUCGCGGCGAGAAGCGAAAUAAGGCCUCGGGCAACCGGCGGGUUCCGCGGCUGGACGGCGCCAUGGGAGCCAUGAGACGCCGGUCCGUCAAGGCAGGAGAGCGUCGACAGAAAGGCAGCCUCACGAAGCGAGAUGCCAAAGUGCUGGGAGAACUGAGGCAGAUCUUCAGUGAUGAGCAGAAGCCUGAUCCAAAGACACCCCAGAAGAGAGAUGUCGCUGACAUCGGCAAAGAUCAAGCGGUUGAAGGCCAGAAGAACGAGACCGACGAGGAGAAGUUCAAAAAGUGGCUACUGGACGAGUAUUACCGCACCAUGGCGCUGUCCUUUGCUAGCAUGCGCAAGAAGCGCAUGGCUUCGUCUCAUCAAGCACCGUCCCUUCAGACAGAUGGGGAGUCCAAUCAAGACAUGGACGAUGACAGGUUUCAGGCUGCCGAAGAUCGCCUGCGUGGCAUGGAAGAAUCCUUGUUGACGGAAGCCCUGGCACUGGAGCGCAGUGAUGCGGGAGGACCUGACGAAAACCGAGUAGCUGCUCGUCUGGACGCCGCCUACGACCUGGAGAGCGUGCGGCGUGCUCUCGAUCACUUGCACAGCGCCCUGAGGAUCAUUCAGAUGCAGGACGAACAGGACACUUCUUCGGGGAGCAGCAACAAAUUGGAAGCACAGACCCCAUCUUCUAAUCCUCAACAGUGCAGAGUCCUGCAGGUGCUGACAAGUGGGUGCUCCGCGUUAGAAAAUCUCCUACCCGUUGACGCUGCAUUUAAAGCGAGGCUUGUUACAGCGUGUAACUGGCACGAGGUCUGUUAUACAUGCGGGUCGCUGUUCGACCUCACACCCGAGGACUGCGACGAAGGUUACUCCGAUGGCGACUCCGGCGGUCAAGUGCUGGAGCUGCUUCGAGAGCGACGUGUAUUCAUGAAGCGCAGUGCACCAGCCGCCUGCUCGGCUCCGUGCGUACAAGAGUUUCUGGGAAGUCCCUGAACAAAAAAAAAAAAAAAAAAAAAGGGAGAGAAGGAAAUCCUUGCGUUGUCCGGUUGUUGGAAAGUCAGUGGUAUUAAGCAAUACGCUUGCUUCUUUCUGUGGUAUGAUUACCGUCGCGUGCCUCUACGAUCGCUGUCUGUUGCUCGGUUCAUUAUCCGCGUUAUAUCCCGAUGAUACGGUAUUUUGGAACGUUAUAGUUAUGCGCACGUAGUAGCACAAAGCAGAUAUAUACACACGACGUAUAUAGUUUAUAAGUAAAACGGGCGCGGAAGUUGAGCUGCAUGUACUCAAGCUGGAAAUAAAGUAUUUACGUAAAAAUGUAUCGCUAGAAAGCUAUAUAUUUCACGUGUUCUAUAGUCAUGAAAGGGGAAGCCACAGCUUCUUUCCUCCUUUUUGUCGACGUAAGUUUUGUCGAGUGUAAUUUUGUCGGCAGUAAUUAUAUGUCGUCAGUAUAUUUUGUCGACAACUGUUUUUGUCGCAAGUAACUUUGUCAAGAAUGCUUCCAUCGACAGUAAACGCAUUCACAUUUUAUCAAUGGCGCGUGUAUCGAAGGUGAUGUUGUCGACGGUAAUUUUGCCGCCAUCAAUUUUAUCGAUAGUAGCUUAGUAAAUAAUCGACAACCGUUUUAUAGAAGGUACCCAGGUAAAAAAUAUCUGCAAUUCCAAAUGGUUUGAAACAAUUUCCCACUUUAAACCACUGUAACUGCACGCAUUUGUUUUGCCGAUAAUACUUUUGAGGCUGAUUAUAUCGACAGCAAUAUUACCACCAUACACGUAUCGACACAUAGAUAACAUUCUGUGAUCAGAUAUCUACCAGCUCAAAUACCACGCUGACAGAAAGUUGUAACAACAAAACGCCGUUGUUGAUACGCAACGGCACAGCUAUAAAAGAAUACAAGCUAACGAACAACGUAGAUAGUGUUACAGUGCCACAGUAUAUGGAGCAUUUACACAGAUAUCUUCAUAAUUUCGUUGUUACCAGCUGAAUUGCCUUCUUCAGCGAGCAGACACUGUUCUCGAUGCAUGCACAGGUUUUGCGAGGAGUCCCGAAUUAUUUUGCGAAAGGAUAUUAUGGUUGUUGUUCGGAAGGGUUCAUGAGGGUUUCGACGAGUCACCAUGGAAUAUUUUGUUGUCGUGGUAGUGUGACCCAACUAUUGCAGUCCUGUGUGAAUGCUAAAAUAAAUUACCAACAUUUUUCGUA